GGCGACAGACACACGGAAACGGGUUUGUCUUCUCCGGUGACUGCGACACGUUCACACAGAGCCAGACAGAGUUACUCCAGUGUUUACGUUACCGGAGCCCCGCAGAUUAACGGGAUAAAAGGAGAUCAGCUGGAAGAUAAGAACCUGAUGGAGCGUUAUGAGCCUUUGGGUCAGAUUGGGGAGGGAAGUUAUGGCACGGUGCUCAAGUGCCGCCACCGAGACUCUGGUCGCCUCGUUGCUAUCAAGAAAUUUUUGGACUCUGAUGAUGACAAGACGGUGAAGAAGAUUGCCCUCAGGGAGAUCAAGCUGCUCAGGCAACUGCGCCACGACAACCUGGUGAACCUCCUGGAAGUGUGGAAGCGUCGCCGCCGCUGGCAUCUGGUGUUUGAGUUCGUGGACCGCACUCUUCUGGAUGAUCUGGAACAACACCCAAGCGGAUUGGGCCUGAACACCAGCCGGCAGUACCUGUACCAGAUCCUGAGGGCUGCUGACUUCUGCCACCAGCAAAACGUUAUCCAUCGUGACAUCAAACCAGAGAACAUCCUCAUCUCUCAGGGUGGUGUGGUCAAACUAUGUGAUUUUGGCUUUGCCCGCACCAUGGCAUCGUCCUCCGAAGGGGCUGUAUACACUGACUAUGUAGCCACUCGUUGGUACAGAGCCCCUGAAUUACUGGUGGGAGACAUCAAAUAUGGCAAACCAGUAGACGUGUGGGCUGUGGGUUGUCUGUUGAUAGAAAUGCUAACAGGUCAGCCUCUGUUUCCUGGAGACUCCGAUCUCGACCAACUGUACCACAUCGUUAAGUGCUUUGGUAACCUGGUGACUCAUCAUCAGGAACUGUUCUACCGAAAUCCGGUCUUUUCUGGGGUCAGACUGCCUGAAUGUUCAGCCACACUCCCACUGCUGCAGCGCUUUCCCACAAUCACACCCACCGGCCUUGGCCUGGCUCAGAGGUGUCUUGAGGUGGAUCCAGAUAGACGAGCUCAGUGUUCAGAGCUGUUAGAGCAUCCUCUCUUCACACAAGACUCCUUCCAUAUCAGAUUUUUGGAUGAGCUUAAUGCCAAGAUCCAAAAAGAGCACAGGGAGAACUCCACUCUUCCCAAAAUAACCAAAAUCCCAAGACAAGACCGGGAGGAAGGGAAUGAGAAAAACCGCAGAGGAAAGGAUAGGAAGCAACCUGAAGACAUGGAUGAGAGAGUAAAUAAGGAAAAGAUGGAAAAAGCAAAAGGAAAACAACUUUCAAAGAUAUCUAAAACUAUUCGCACCACCUCAGAACCUUUAACAACCAAACAAUCCAAAACUUUAGGCAAUAAGGGUAUACAUAAUGCAGCGCAGUCUUCUAUGCCUGUGAAAAGUAAACCAGGAAAAGUUGCUGGUGCAGAGUCGAAGAAAGAGUCAGAGAUCUCUAAGUCAACUAAAACUACUAUCUCUGAGUCGGCAGAUGCAACCAGGACCACAUCAAGCCUGAAAGGCAAAAUCUCAGUGACAGCAAAAGGUGAACAUAAAAUAAGUCUUUCUCCUGAACCAAGUAAAGACCAUUUGAAAAAUAUAAAUGAAAUGCACAGUAGUGGCUCAGACAUAGCAGAAAAUAAAGCACAAAGCAUGAUGAAGAUCAGGAGGUUAUCGAAAUCUGAGCCAAGCCAAGAGUUUGCAAAAAGCUGGAGUAGCACAAACUCUAAAGUGUCCAAAAAUUCAACCAAUGUUCAACAAAAUUUGAGUUUAUCUUCAAAAGCUGCCUCAGAAUCGGCAGUAAAUCAGACAGAUGCUUGGUUGGAAUACUCUGAAAUCUCAAAUAAGGACAAUAUGGAAGAUUCGGCACCAAAACUGCUUACUGUCACAAAGUUAAGCAAGAUGAGCGCCGCCUCAGAGUUUAAGACAAACCACCCGGCAGGUGACACAGAGCUAAGGACUUCUGGAUGUCCAAAAGACUUACCAUCAAGCCCCAAAGCAUCAAAGACUACCUCAAAUGGAGGUUCAAAAACAAAGAAUAAUGCCUCAUUUUUGUCCACUAAUCCUGUAAAGACUCUUACCUCAGGUGCUUCAGAGGAGCCUUCCACCAUCUUUAGAAACAGCAGUCCUGCCUUACCCAAAGAAAUCUCACAUCCAAAGGUGUCCAAGACAAACAUGACUUCCACAACUCCUUCCAAAGCCAGGGAACUUAUAGAAGAAAAGAAUAUCGAGGAAGAUCAUGGACUUCUAAAGAGAAGUCCAGUGACAGAAACCAUUGCAAUGUCACACAUUCCUAUGUCACAUUCUCCAGGUGGAGAUCCUCAAUCGACUUCUUGUGCUAGUUGGGCGAGUGGUAAGAUCACCAAAGAAGACAUAAAAACUUCAACUUUCCUGCUGGAUGAAAACAUAUUGGUGGAAUUCACUGAUCUGAAAGCUCUAAAAGUAUCAGAACAAGAAAACCAAGAGGAUUUAGUUUUUCCCUUGUCUAUUAGUUCGGCGUCUAGAAGCUUAGGCAACGACAAAAGACACAAGAGCACAGCCUUCGAACCUGAUGCCAAAUCCUUCAAAGUCCCUCACCCCAAACAGAUCCUAACGAAGCCUGGGUCCUUUAUCAACCAUAAGAAGUCCACAGAGACACCCAAGACUCAGAAAACUACAUUUGUUGCUGAAGCGAAGAAGAACGACAACCCAGAAAGGAUUGACACAACUGUAUCUGCAGUCACAGAUUUGACUUCAGUCACGUCUGAGGACCACAAAGCUCCAACAAGAAGCUUCAUCCUUAACAACGUGGAUGCUACAGACCUAAAUAAAUUUGAUUUCAUUAUACCCCAGUCCCCUACACCUUCUCCUCCACCUCCACCUUCUUCCACUCCUUUCCUCUUCCACCCAUCCUCCACAACUUUUAUGUCUUCCCUCUCUAUCUUCAAUACCAACAACGAAGUUGCCACUGAUCACCUUUCCCAGGGAGCAAGUUUCCAUCCUGGGACCCAAAGUCACAGGUGUGUUGACAAAACAAGGCAUCAUGGUGGGAUGUUUGGUCGACAGGCCCAUAUUUCAGGGUCCUUCACCUUCCAGGCAUCAGAAAACAGUCUCGUCCGGGAUCGCUCCUUCCUGUCUGACCACUGUAACCUCGGUAACAGCAGUGUUGCCAUGGCCAAAAACAAGUCACACAUUCAUUUCCCGGAUCUAAGAAGCUCGGAUCUCAGAGGCAAACCCAACAAAUGCACAGCCAAGGAUCAGAAGAGAGACAAACAUCCAGGUCCAUCCAGUCUGCCAUCUGAAGCACAGAAAGACAUUAAUACAAACAAACCAAAGCAAACACAAUAAAUGCACCACUGUUUCCUCCGAUAAAAUGCCUUUAUGUCUU